GGGCCCCGGCGGGACCUGAGAUGGCUCCUCGCCGUGUCCGCUCGGCGUCCGAGGCCUUCAGGGCCUCUGCUCGCGCUCUGAAGACCCAGGGCGGGGGCUCCGGGGGGCGGGCCGGGCGGGAGCUCCGGGCGGGGCGGACCGGGUCGGGCCCCGCCUCCCCCGCACGCCUCGGGCCGCCCUCCUCCGGGAGCUCCGCCGCCGCCGCCGCCGCCGCCGCCGCCCGGAGCAGCCGGAGCCGGCCGGGCCGGGCCGCCAUCAUGCUGAGCCGGCUCGGGGCGCUGCUGCAGGAGGCCGUGGGGGCGCGGGAGCCCAGCAUUGACCUGCUGGAGGCCUUUGUGGAGCACUGGAAGGGCAUCACGAACUAUUACAUUGAAAGCACAGAUGAAAAUACCCCCGCCAAGAAAACAGAUAUUCCCUGGCGGCUGAAGCAGAUGCUGGACAUCCUGGUGUACGAGGAGAGGCAGCAGGCGGCUGGUGAGGCCGGGCCCUGCCUGGAGUACCUGCUGCAGCACAAGCUCCUGGAGACCCUGUGCACGCUGGGCAAGGCCGAGUAUCCCCCAGGCAUGCGGCAGCAGGUGCUUCAGUUCUUCAGCAGGGUUCUGGCCCAGGUGCAGCACCCCCUCCUGCAUUACCUCCACGUCCACAGGCCUGUGCAGAAGCUUCUCCGACUUGGUGGAACAGGUCCUGGAUCCCUCACAGAGAAGGAGGAGGUGCAGUUCACCACCGUCCUCUGCUCCAAGAUCCAGCAGGAUCCAGCCUUGCUCACCUACAUCCUGGAAGGCAGAAAGACUGUCAGUAGGAAGAAGGCCUCCAGAGAGCCCAGCAUCCUGCCUAGAGAGGCAGCCAGCAUCAAAGACAAGGAGCACCCCCAGAGCAAGGGUCCCGACAGGGGUCCCUGUGGAGCGCGGGCCUUGACUACCCAGCUGCCUGACGGGACUGAGGAGCCGGAUGGAGAGACUGGGGAGAGCAGCCUGGUCACCACCCUGGUCGGGCUGUGCAAGAGCAAGAAAGGUCGAGUGGCCCUGAAGGCCCAGGAGAACCUGCUGCUCCUGGUAAGCGUGGCUUCCCAGGCAGCUGCCACCCACCUGGUGCAGAGCAGCCCUUGCUGCCCUGCGAUCGUUGAGCACCUUUGCCAGUUGUACCAGUCCAUGCCCACCUUCCUGGACCCCACAGACAUUGCCGCUUUGGAGAGCAUCAGCUGGAGGUUACCCAGUGCCCCAGCUGAUGAGGCUUCCUUUCCUGGCAAGGAAGCCUUGGCUGCCUUCUUGGGCUGGUUUGAUUACUGCGACCACCUCAUCACAGAGGCACACACGGUGCUUGCAGAUGCUUUAGCCAAAGCUAUGGUUGAGAAGUUCUUCGUGGGGAUUCUGCAGCCACAGCUCCUGCACGUGUCUGAGCAGAGCGUCCUGACCUCCACGGCCCUGCUCACGGCCAUGCUGCACCAGCUUCGCUCCCCUCCCCUGCUGCGAGAGAUCGUGGCUUUCCUCAUGGGCGCGGGUCAGCAGCCUGCAGCCCCCGAGGGCAGCCCCCACACUCUGUGUGCUCACCUCAUCCAGCACUGCAACCACCUCUCUGAUGAGAUCAGUAUCGUCACACUGCGACUGUUUGAGGAGCUGCUCCAGAAGCCCCACGAGCAGAUCGUCCAUGGCCUGAUUCUCUGCAACCUCGAGGGCCGCCUCUAUGUGGCCCGGGGCUCGCCUGAGCCCGAGAGCUACGAGGACACUCUAGACCUGGAGGAAGACCCCUACUUCACGGACGGCUUCCUGGACUCUGGCUUCCAACCGUCUGCAAAGCCUCCCCCAGCCCCUGUCACCAACUCAGAUGGCAAGACAGCUGUGACUGAGAUUGUCAACAGUUUCCUCUGCCUGGUUCCUGAGGAAGCCAAGACCUCAGCUUUCUUGGAGGAGACCGGAUAUGACACAUACGUCCAUGAUGCUUACGGACUGUUCCAGGAAUGCAGUUCCCGAGUUGCCCCUUGGGGCUGGCCCCCGGGUCCCACACCCUUGGACCCCCAUGAGCCCGAUCGGCCUUUCUUUGAGGGUCACUUUCUCCAAAUGCUGUUUGACCGUAUAGCCCGGAUUUUGGAACAGCCAUACAGCCUGAACCUGCAAGUGACCUCAGUCCUGUCCCGGCUCGCCCUCUUCCCCCACCCUCUGAUCCAUGAGUACCUCCUGGAUCCCUACAUCAACCUGGCCCCUGGCUGUAGGAGCCUGUUCUCUGUGCUCGUCAGGGUGAUUGGGGACUUGAUGCAGAGAAUUCAGAGGGUACCCCAGUUCCCAGGCCAACUGCUCCUGGUACGCAAGCAGCUGAUGGGUCAGGUCCCUGGAGAGCAGCUGGACCACCAGAUCCUCCUCCAGGGCAUAGUGGUCCUUGAGGAAUUCUGCAAGGAGCUGGCUGCCAUUGCUUUUGUCAAGUUUCCCCCACACGGUCCUCAGCUGCGCCUCUCCCCGUCCCCGGAAGGACAUGUCUGAGCCUGGAGUGUGAACGGAGGGAAGACUCCUGUCCCCACCUCUGCCCAAGAGCUGCCUCCCACCUGGCACUGCUGCCACCACUCUCCGGGUGGGGGCCUGGCCCUCUCCUCUGUAUCCCAGGGAUCUCUGCCUCUGUGGAGGCCUAGACUACCGCUCCCAGGUCAGCUCAGAUCUUAGCUUGUUGACUACACCAGACUGGGCUUCAGAGAGUGGGUCUCCAAGGUACCAGAAGCCAAGCAGCAAGAGAUGGCCUCUUAGCAUGGUGUCCACAGAGCCCUGUCAGGGUGGCGGGGGGGAUGCUGGGGACCAGGUGAGCACCCAGACCCUUGCGCUCUUGCCUGCCACCUGGCUUUUUGGGCCACCUGUGGCCAGGCCAUGGCCUGCGACUCAGUUCCAGAGGCACAAGGGGAAGUGGACUGGUGGCGCCAAGGCGGGUCCUGUGUGGGCCACAGAGGAGGAGGCGCAGGGGCUCCGUCUCUGCCCCACUUGGUGCCAUAGAUGCUAAGACUUGACAUUCAUUCUUCUGCCGUCUUGGCUGAACUGCUGGGGAGGAGCAGUGGCCAGCAGGGUUAGCCCCCUUUUCCUGCUCAGCCCUGCUGGAGACUAUUGCAAAAUCCCAACCACCUCAUGGCAAAUGCCCAAAGCAUGCUCCGCACCCAGGCGGGGGCAGCUGCUAAUGAGAACUUUGAUGCAACUGUAGCCAGGGCAGGAGAGGGCCUGGGGAGCGGGGGCUGGGUGCCAGGCUCCAGCUCCAGCUGGUCUCUCUCUCUGGCGCCUUCUAAACCCGUCUCAGCAGGUCCACACCACCUGGGCAGAGGGGCUCCGAGGCUGGGGGAGGCCAGGCCUCACCCUCGGUGUGCUGCCCAGUGCUCUCCACAGAAUACUCUUCCAGGGCAGCAGGGAGCUCAGGGUGCAGGUAAGGCCAGCAUGCCCACCUGACUGCAGGCCCCCAAAGCCUGGAGGGGAGGGGCUGGGUUCCGGCAGCCAGUCAAGGUGUUCUCCCUGCAUGCCCUCCCGGGCGGGGGCUGCCACCCCGCCCCGGCCCGAAUCUGUCUCAACCUGCAGGAACACACAGGCGGCGCCAGGCAUUACCUCAGCACAGGACUACAGUUGCUGGCUUUGCUCCUGGGCAAGGAGGAGCAGGCCAGAGCCCUUUUUGCUUCCUUUUCCUGCCCAUCUGCUUCUAGAAGCUGGCCACAGGUUGCCAAGAGGUGACAUGAAAGAGGAGGAAACUCGGUGACCUCUCCCUCUGCAUUCCCCCAAGCUGGGGAGGAUUUAACUGCUGCUCUGAAGGAUCCCAUGCAUGUGCGUGCAUGUGGCUGCGCACGUGGCUGUCACUGUGGGGUGGGGGAGCAGAGCUCAGGGAGAAAACUGGGUCUGGACUCUUGGCAUCAGAAAGUGUUCCAGCUUCCAGGAGCCACACACUCCCCUCCUUGAUGUACGUGGGCAUUCCUACAGAGAACACAGCAAUAAAUGGUGUGGUUGCGUGGA